UUUUCCUCUUAACAAUAAAUCCGGAAAUAUUUUCCCUUUUCCCCUUUUUUUUAACUUUUUUUUAAUUUACCUAAACAAUUUAAUAUUUUUAUUUUACUUUUUUACUCAUUAUUUUUGUCCAUAUUUUUUGUUUUACCUUCAUUUAUAUUCCCUCGAGGAUUUAAAUGUCCAAAUAUAAAAAUAAUAAUAUUCAUAACUUGGAAAGUUAUUGAACUUUUAAAAAAAAAACAUUUUUUGAGAAUAUUUAUAUAUUAAAUAAAAAUAUAAUUGAACAUUUUAAGCAUUUAUUUAACAUUUCCCAUGAAAAUACACUUUGAUUAUUUUUAAAAAUUAAUUUUAAAAAGUAUGUUUUUAGUGCAAAAUUUAAAUGAUUAAUUUAUCAAUUUUUUCCCCUUUCUCCCCUUUAUUUUUCCAAUUAUUUUUUAAUUAUUUCUCCUUUUCUUCUUCGAAACAAUUAAAAAUCAAAAAUUUAAAAUUUCCAACAAUUUUUUUAUUUUUAAUUUUAAAUUUUUCUUUUUAUUGUUAUGCUGAUGAUUUAACUAGUAACAAUACUUUAACAAAUCAAACAGAUGCCGGUAAUGGGACAACAAUACCUAGCAUUCAAACAACAACAAUUAAUUGGUGGGGCUCAAUGGCAGUAACACAGCCAGAUUCGUAUAUAGCCGAUGAUUCUACUGUAAUAAAUACAACAACAGAUAGCAGUGGAUUGAAUGGGUCAGCAAGUCAAGAUUCUUCUUCUUCUAAUAUUUCCAAUACUUCUUCUACAGAUACUUCAACUAACUCAAAUUCAACAACAAAAAAUAAAGCAAUUUCCUCUAAAUACCAAAAAUAUAUUUUUGUAAAUUUAAUUAGUAUUUUAUUUUUUGGAAUAUUUUUAUAUUUAAAUUGA